UGGAGAAUCCCAGGGACGGGGGAGCCUGGUGGGCUGCCGUCUAUGGGGUCGCACAGAGUCGGACUGAAGCGACUUAGCAGCAGCAGCAGCACUGAGCAACACACUUUGGAGGAGGAGGGGAGACGCUGAAGGUACCCAGACGCAAGGAGGCAGCAGGAAGUGGACGAACUUGGGAGCCAACUGCUCUGUAACUGCCGCCCAGGUCUGUGCUGGGAUUUCGGUCCGUGGGUGGCUGGGACGGGGCUCGCGGGCAGGGGGACGGGUGGAGGGAAACGUCGGCGUUCUUCCGCUGCCGGAACCAUCCUGGCAUUCAUCCUCAUCCUCGGGACCAGCACCAGCACCAGCAUCGGCGCCACGGAAGUCCGGCCACCGCCCAGGCCUGCUGCGCACCCCAGGGACUUGCGCUUGGCUGAACUUACCCGGCGAAAACACAGGCCUCGUGGAUAAAUGGCAGGCAAAAAGCGAGAAAUCCAGUUACAGGCGGUCGUCAAUAAUCAAAGCCUGUGGGAUGAGAUGAUGCAGAACAAAGGCCUAACAGUGAUCGAUGUUUACCAAGCCUGGUGUGGACCUUGCAAAGCAAUGCAAACCUUAUUCAGAAAAUUGAAAAAUGAGCUGAACGAAGAUGAACUUCUGCAUUUUGCUGUAGCAGAAGCUGACAGUAUUGUGACUCUCCAGCCAUUUAGAGACAAAUGUGAACCUGUUUUUCUCUUCAGUGUUAAUGGCACAAUUGUUGCAAAAAUCCAGGGUGCAAAUGCACCACUUGUGAAUCAAAAAAUUAUUGCCUUGGUCAAUGAGGAGAGGAAAAUUGCAGCAGGUGAAAUGGUUCGCCCUCAGUAUCAUGAAAUUGUGUUUGUAGACUCAGAUUCAGAGGAUGCUGGGGAACUAAACUAUGAAAGCGUUGACCAAAUAUACACUAUUGUUAUUAUCAAGCCUGAUGCUGUGGCUGCUAGAAAAGUUCAAGAAAUUAAAGAAAAAAUUAUCAAGGCAGGAUUUGUCAUAGAAGCAGAGGAUAAGAAACCGCUUACUGAAGAACAAGUAAAGCACUUCUAUAGUCAAAUAGUAGACCAGCCUGACUUUGAGGAUUUUGUUUCUUUUAUGACAAGGAACCUAAGCUAUAUUCUAGUUGUUUCACAAGCAAAGGAAAAACAGCCUUCCUGGGAUGAAAGUGAAGUUAAUUCUGAGACAGAAUCUAAAGAACCGUGGGAUGAACAACAGGAGAUGGCCAAGCCUUCGAGGAUGAAGGAGAGGAAAAGUUUACAACAAUAUCUGGAAAUACAACAAAUAUCUCAGUUUUGUGAUGUUGAAGAGAAUAUAACUAAUACUAAGUUUAUUGAUGUCUUAAUCCCUGAUUUUAAAAAAAUUAGAGGCAUAAAAUUUGAAAAGAUACUGGCAUUACUUCGACCAGCCCUUGUUAAUGAAAGAACAGAGGAUGUUUUGAAUAAAAUUCAAGAUGAAGGCUUCAAAAUACUGCUGCAAAGACAGAUAGUAUUAUCAGAAGAAGAAGCAAAAACACUGUGCAAAGAAUAUGAAAAUAAAGAUUAUUUUGGAAAUGUUAUAGAAAACAUGACCAGUGGUCCAUCGCUAGCCCUUGUUUUAGUAAGAGAGAAUGGCUUAGGACACUGGAAACAGUUAAUUGGACCAAGCAAUGUUGAAGAAGCCAAAGAAUAUCUUCCAGAGUGUUUAUGCGCACAAUUUGCAAUAGAAGGUUUGCCUAUCAACCAGUUGUACGGAAGUGAUUCACUAGAAGCUGCUGAAAGGGAAAUACAAUAUUUCUUUCCUCCUCAACACACUGUGGCACUGAUUAAACCUCAUGUAACACAAGAACAAAGAGAGGAUAUCAUGAAAAUUAUUAAAGAGACUGGAUUUGAUAUAACACAGAUGAAAGAAACACUCCUAACUGAAGAGGAAGCAGAGAAAAUUUAUUUUAAAAUAAAAAGAAAAGCGUUUUAUAAGGAUGUCUUGGAUGUUUUAGCUGAGGGUACAUCUUUGGUCAUGAUUCUGACCAAGUGGAAUGCUGUUUCAGACUGGAGACGAUUGAUGGGUCCCACAGACCCAGAGGAAGCAAGACUACUGUCCCCAGAUUCUAUUCGAGCCCAAUUUGGAAAAAAUAUUUUGAAAAAUGCUGUCCAUGGUGCAUCUAAUAUGGAGGAGGCAAUGGAGACGAUUAGUAGAAUGUUUGAAGACUUUGUUCCUGAGAACCUUGAGGAAAACUAAAAGGGAGACUGCAAACUGCGAGAGGAGUGACUGUCAGGAAGUGGAAAUUUGGACACAGACCUACCCAUAGGAACACUGUGUGACUACCAAGGCACAGGAGUUAUCCUGCCUCAAGCCAAGGAAUGCUCAGGACUGCUGACAACCUGCAGAAGCUAGGGAAAAGGAUUUGGUAACCAAACUGAUGGAUGCUGAAGGAAUUGGAAGUUUUCUGAAGGAAGUAGCUACAAGGUGGUGGAAUCGAGGGACCCUGGGCUUGCCUCUUCUCAUGAACACACCCAGACUGCAACUAACUACCAGACAAUCAUCAGUAACAAAGAUUGGAGCCUACCCAAAAUGAUAUUCUACAUCCAAAGAGAAAAACCCAACAAGAUGGCAGGAAGGGUGCACCGUUAUACAAUC